UGCAUCCCACUCCCCCUCCCUCGCUGGAAAAGCCCAACCAAACAUCUGACAGGGAGGGAAGAGGCGAGCCACCACCGAUUUCUCAAGAUGCUGGCACUAAUAAACCGGCUUUUAGACUGGUUCAAGUCCCUCUUUUGGAAGGAGGAGAUGGAGCUGACCCUGGUCGGCCUCCAGUAUUCUGGAAAAACGACGUUCGUCAACGUAAUCGCCUCAGGCCAUUUCAGCGAAGAUAUGAUCCCCACAGUUGGAUUCAACAUGAGGAAAGUCACUAAAGGAAACGUCACAAUUAAGAUCUGGGACAUUGGAGGGCAGCCGCGGUUUCGGAGCAUGUGGGAGCGCUACUGUCGGGGUGUCAACGCCAUUGUAUACAUGGUGGAUGCAGCAGACCGAGAUAAGGUGGAGGCGUCGAGGAACGAGCUUCACAAUCUAUUAGACAAAUCUCAGUUGCAAGGGAUCCCCGUUUUGGUGCUGGGGAACAAAAGAGACCUGCCCACCGCUUUAGAUGAAAAACAGCUCAUUGAGAAAAUGAAUCUGUCAGCCAUUCAGGACAGGGAGAUAUGCUGCUACUCCGUUUCUUGCAAAGAAAAAGACAACAUUGAUAUCACCCUUCAGUGGCUCAUUCAGCACUCAAAGUCCAGGAGGAGCUGAAAACGAUGAGGGGAAAGAUGUUGACACCAGCUGUUUGCCAUGUAACCGUCAUGCCACGUCAGACGUGCCCUGAACUCACCAGAUGCACUGUUCUGCUUUUUUUUUUUUUUUUUUUUUUCCCAUUUGUACCACUUACCCACAAACUCUCUGGGAAUGCACUACCCCAAAAUGUAAUCCUGAAACCAAAUGAAUGACAUGUAAUUGGCAUUAUUUGUCCUGUACACUUGGAUGAUGUGGCUUAUGAUAAUGUUUUGGUUGAAAUGGUAAAGCAGCCUUUUUAAUUUUUUUUUUGCUAAUCUCUUUUUCCCUCCAUGUACAUUAUUUUCGAUAAUUAUGUAGUCAAGCAGAUCUGUAAAAAUAGUAUCCAGCUUGUUUGAUUUUUAACAGCAAUUGCGCGUAUGCAUAUGUGAUUCUAUUUAAAGUCCGAAUGAUCAAAAAAAGGAACUCUGCUGCAGGGUUGUGUUGUGUAUACUGUGCUCUGUUUUGUAAAAAGUAAGGCUCCCAGCAAUCUUUCGUGCUGUGAGUGUGGCGGAAUUUAAAGUGCCUUGCGCAAACGUCUCAACUGAAGCAACACGGCAUGCGAGAUGUGUGCCUACGGGGGAAAAAAAGACACCAAUCACUUCAAUGUAUUCGAUUAAAGGCUUGCUUUCUAAUAUAUGCA